GCAGACGACACGCAGAGAGGCGCCGGGUCAACGCGCCAGGUAGCAACGCCUCGGGACAACCGUCGACGUUUCCCUUCGUCGCCGUCCUCACCGUCGUCUCAGCGGCGGGGGUGGUGUCGUGAUUCCUCCUCCUUAGGACAACCGCGGCGACUCCGGGGGACGACAACCAUGGGGUCCUUCCACGCCGUCUCCGGGAGCUUCGUUCUCCUCGUGGCCACGGUCGUCCUACUGCCCGCCACGCAUCACGCACCGUUUGCAUACGCCGCAACUGCCGGCGGCAGUAUGCUGGGCGACGUGAACAUCUCUGCGAUACUGGACUCCUUUUCUGUCAGUUACGAUAAAAGAGUAAGGCCGAACUACGGAGGUCCGCCCGUGGAGGUCGGCGUCACCAUGUAUGUCCUCAGCAUCAGCUCCGUGUCCGAGGUGUUGAUGGACUUCACGUUGGAUUUUUACUUCCGACAAUUCUGGACGGAUCCACGACUCGCGUUCAAGCCGCGAACGGGCGUCGAGACGCUCAGCGUCGGUUCGGAAUUCAUCAAGAACAUUUGGGUACCCGACACCUUCUUCGUCAACGAGAAGCAGUCGUACUUUCACAUCGCUACCACCAGCAACGAGUUCAUUCGCAUUCACCAUUCGGGAAGCAUCACGCGUAGCAUACGCUUAACGAUUACAGCGUCAUGUCCCAUGAACUUGCAGUAUUUCCCGAUGGACCGGCAACUGUGCCAUAUCGAGAUCGAGAGCUUUGGAUACACAAUGCGCGAUAUUCGGUACAAAUGGAACUCCGGCCUACAGUCGGUCGGCAUCUCGAACGAGGUGGAACUACCGCAGUUUCGCGUGCUCGGUCACAGGCAACGACAGACAACCAUACACCUAUCUACAGUCGGAUACACGAUGAGGGACAUCCGGUACAAGUGGAACGAGGGCCCAAACAGCGUCGGGGUCAGCAACGAGGUCUCCCUGCCUCAGUUCAAGGUCCUCGGUCAUCGUCAACGUGCCAUGGAGAUUAGUCUUACCACCGGGAAUUACUCGCGGCUGGCCUGCGAGAUCCAGUUCGUACGGUCGAUGGGCUACUACCUGAUCCAGAUCUACAUACCCUCAGGGCUGAUUGUCAUAAUAUCGUGGGUGAGCUUUUGGCUAAACCGAAACGCGACCCCCGCUCGGGUGGCCCUCGGAGUAACCACUGUGCUCACUAUGACGACCCUAAUGUCCUCGACGAACGCGGCGCUACCAAAGAUCUCCUACGUCAAGUCCAUCGACGUCUAUCUGGGCACCUGCUUCGUCAUGGUCUUUGCCUCGUUGCUCGAGUACGCCACGGUGGGCUACAUGGCGAAGAGGAUUCAGAUGCGGAAGAAUCGCUUCCAAAAGAUAGCCGAGAGCAUGAAGGCCGCGAGCGAAAAUCCAGGACCGCCGCGUGUGCCCGGCGAUCAUGGCGAUCAUGCGCCUAAGCAAACUGAGGUGCGGUUCAAGGUGCACGACCCAAAGGCACACAGCAAAGGUGGGACACUCGAGAACACCAUAAAUGGUCGCGCCGAUGAGGAAUCGGCGGGCGCGCCGCAACAUAUUAUUCAUCCUAGCAAGGACAUCACCAAGCUCUACGGUAUGAGUAGACCAUGCAUAACGCCGUCGGACAUCGACAAGUAUUCCCGCAUCGUAUUCCCGGUAUGUUUCGUUUGCUUCAAUCUGAUGUACUGGAUCAUUUACCUCCACAUCAGCGACGUGGUCGCGGACGACCUCGUGCUGCUCGAGGAGGCCAAGUAAACGACGGCGUCGCGGUGCUCCGAAUCGAGAAGGAAGAACCGGGCAAAAGGGUGCACGGAAGCGAGCAUUCUUACGCGUGGGAACGAGACGAGGGCCGAUUCGCCAAAGUGGAGGCGAAAGCGGCUCGAGGAGGAUAAAUCGAGGUGUGCUCGGUGACUACUUCAGGACAGGCGUAAUAGGAGCGAGUAGUAAAAGCGAACGACAUCCGAGACAGCCGUACCAGUUCGCAGAAAAAGGUGCUCUCAGAAAACAAAAAACAUACGCUCAGGUCCGUCUCGAGAGAGCGCGGUAACCACCUUCUCUACUGGAAGUAGUAGCGGACGAAUACGGGCAGCCGCGCGGCCGCCUAGACGCGGAGUAGGACUACCUCGCGGUGACUGGCAAGUAGAAACGGCCGAACGACUCGUCGGACGCCACGUCGCUUCGGCGUGGCUUAUCAAACGCGCGCUUCCACUACUUGCGCGGCGUCGUGGCUACCGCAAUUUCUACCCGGGCAAGAGGCCCGUUGUUCGUCAAUCAGCGAUCGGGCACGCGUAAGCCUCGGCUAUCGUCGCUGUCCACGAGGCGUCUUCGUUAAAGACUCAAUAUAUAUACAUAAAUAAAUAUAAAUAUAUAAAUAUAUAUAUAUAUAUAGAUACGUCGCGCGAUAGAAAUAUAUAUGUCGCGACGCAAGCGGAAAGGCAAGCAGGAGCUCAAUCGCGAAGGCGAAUCCACGAGCAUACAUACCAUAAAACAUUGCCAGUCUAGGUAUCUCUAGUUCUUAAACGGAGAAAAUACCUUCGAUAUAAACACUUGUCAAUUUAGCCACAUUACAUAGUAACAUUAACUAACGCUAAGAACAACACCGAGACACGUCGGUUUGAAGCGACGAUUCAAUCGAGAGCAGCUUGAGAACGGAAAAAUAUAGGAUUAUCGACGUUCGUCGAGGUCGAGGAUGAAUCGUCGCUCUGACGCCGUCAGCAGCGUUCGCGCGCAGAGAAAACGUUAGCGGAAAUCGCACACGGUGGCAUGUGUGCGCGUGCAUGCGAGCGAAUGAGAGGGAGCGAGUGCAUGUGUGAGAACGAGCGAGCGUUAAUGUGUGAGUGAGGGUGCGCGUGGAACGAAAAGAAAGAAAAAAAGAAACGGCGGGAAAGUUCAUAUUCCGAACGAAGAAAAACAAUGUACUAUCGGAGACUGGUGCGACUUAUUAUCUAAGUAAGUACAGUAAGUAUAUGUACAUUAACAUAUAUACGCGCGCGCGUACGCGGCCACGUUAGGUACGCGCGUGCAUGCAUAUUAGACACGUGCGUGCACACAUGCGUACGCGGGACGCGUACAGCCGAUCGGUGAACGAUUCUACGCGAGGUCCGCAAAGAUAACGGCGGUGG